GCUAUCCGUGACAGUCGGUGAAAAAACGGCGGAACGAUACGGUGUUGGCGAACGGUUUGCUAGUGUUCAUUGGUAAUUCUUUUUCUCGUCAAAUCGUUCACGGUUCUUCACACCGCGGCGACGAUGAGGAAACUUGUUAUAUUAAUCGCAGGAUUAUUUCUGUUUGCGGGAUUCGUCCGCGCAGAGGAUGAGAUCGAAGAGGAUGAUUUUACCGUCGAGGACGAUCUCGGUGUAAGCCGCGAGGCAUCACGAACAGAUCAUGAAGCAGUACAAAGAGAAGAAGAAGCAAUAAAGAUUGAUGGUUUAAGUACCUCUCAGAUAAAGGAAUUAAGGGAGAAGUCUGAAAAAUUUGCAUUUCAAACUGAAGUCAAUCGUAUGAUGAAACUCAUCAUUAACUCUCUUUACCGUAAUAAAGAGAUUUAUCUUAGGGAAUUGAUCUCGAACGCGUCUGAUGCAUUGGAUAAAAUCAGACUCCUGUCUCUCACCGAGAAGAGCGUUCUCGACACAAAUAGCGAACUGGCUAUUAGAAUAAAAGCUGAUAAAGAUAACAAAGUGUUGCAUAUAAUAGAUUCUGGCAUUGGAAUGACAAAGCAAGAUUUGGUGAAUAAUCUUGGAACUAUCGCUAAGUCUGGCACCGCUGAAUUCCUGGGUAAAAUGCAGGACGUUUCAAGCACUCAAGAUAUGAAUGACAUGAUCGGUCAGUUCGGUGUGGGCUUUUAUUCUGCAUAUCUGGUCGCGAAUGUCGUCGUUGUCACCACCAAGCACAAUGAUGAUAAGCAGUACAUUUGGGAGUCUGAUAGUUCCAACUAUAGCAUUGUUCAAGAUCCACGGGGAGAUACUUUGAAAAGAGGAACAACUGUGAGCUUACAUUUGAAAGAGGAAGCGUUGGAUUUCCUGGAGCCGGACACGAUAAAGACCUUAGUGAAGAAGUACUCACAGUUCAUCAACUUCCCCAUCUAUUUGUGGAACAGUAAAGUUGUGCAAGUCGACGCGGAAGACGUGAAGGAGGACGCGGAGAAGGAUGAGCCUGAGGACGAUGCGAAGGUAGAGGAGGACGAGGAGAAGAAGUCUAAGAAGGUGGACAAGACCGUAUGGGAUUGGGAACUGCUGAAUGACUCGAAGCCAAUUUGGACAUUGAAGCCAAGCGAGGUCGAAGAUAAGGAGUACAAUGAGUUCUACCAAACGCUUACCAAAGACAAUCAGGAGCCACUGGCAAAGAUUCACUUUGUCGCGGAGGGUGAGGUCACGUUCAAAUCCGUCCUGUUCAUCCCGAAGGUGCAACCAAGUGACAGCUUUAAUCGUUAUGGCACUAAAUCCGACAAUAUCAAGCUAUACGUCAGACGAGUCUUCAUCACUGACAAGUUCACCGACAUGAUGCCGAAUUAUCUGUCUUUCAUCCGCGGUAUUGUGGACAGCGACGAUCUGCCACUCAACGUUUCGCGCGAGAACCUGCAACAGCACAAGCUGAUCAAGGUUAUCAAGAAGAAGCUGAUCAGGAAAGUGUUAGAUAUGAUCAAGAAAAUCCCCAAGGAGGACUACGAGAACUUCUGGAAGGAAUACAGCACCAACAUCAAGCUGGGCAUAAUCGAGGACGCACAGAAUCGCGCGAGGUUGUCGAAGCUCCUGCAAUUCCAGUCGUCUACGCAGAAGGAACCGACUUUCCUGGCCGAUUACGUGUCCCGCAUGAAGCCGAAUCAGCAACACAUUUACUACAUCGCCGGCUCGUCGGAAGACGAAGUGAAGAAAUCGCCGUUCGUCGAGCGGCUGGACAAGAAGGGCUAUGAAGUACUGUAUCUGACCGAGGCCGUGGAUGAGUACGCGAUUUCGGCUUUACCCGAGUUCGACGGUAAGAAGUUCCAGAACGUGGCGAAGGAGGGCUUUACGCUCGACGAGGGCGAGCGGGCGAAGGAACGUAUGGAGGAGCUGAAGACGACAUUCGAGCCUCUGAUCAAAUGGCUCAAUGACAUUCUGAAGGAUCACGUCAGCAAAGCACAGGUGUCAGAGCGUCUAACUGACUCACCUUGUGCCUUGGUCGCCAGCAUGUUUGGUUGGACUGGCAACAUGGAGCGGCUCGCCAUUUCGAACGCACAUCAGAAGAGUGACGAUCCGCAGAAGAGCUAUUAUAUGAACCAGAAGAAGAGCCUGGAAAUCAACCCGAGACAUCCACUCAUCAGAGAACUGUUACGCCGAGUCGUAGUCGACACGUCCGAUCAGACUGCCAAGGACAUCGCGUUGAUGAUGUUCCGUACGGCCACCUUGCGAUCCGGCUAUAUGUUACGCGAGACUGCCAGUUUCGCUGACAGCGUGGAGCAGCUGAUGAGGAAGAGCCUGGGCAUUUCCGUCGACGAGGUGCCCGAGGAAGAGCAGGAAGAAGAGACGUCGAGCAGUGAAGCUGAUACGGAGAAGGUGUCGGAAGAUAUCGACGCCGAGAGCGAAAAAGAUGAUGAACAUGAUGAAUUGUAAUAAUAAGAAAUGUGAGGUGAUAAUAUUUGAGAGACUUAUUCUAGAGCCGCUAUACAAUGUAUAGUUACUCUUGAUUUCUCGACGUUGCGCGACCUUUAUCGUUGCGGGUCUGUAAACAAUUUUCAGAUGUACACAGUUCGACAAAAAUGUUAAUUCAAUCUGGAAUGUUGUGGAAAUCACCAUAACUGUCAAUGUUGUCAAAAGUGCAACGUAUAUCCAAUUUCUUUUUCUACACGAAACGCCAUUAAUCGCGACAUAUUGUUGAAUCAUUUCACAUACUUUCCGAUAUCAAUGAAUUUGUAGAUUUUAAAAAAUUUAUAUAAUUUAUUAUUUUUUCAUUUGAUCUUCCGCGUCUUUUAGUAACGUAAAACAUUGACUGAACGUUACUGACGUAUGGUAUGCUUGUGUGAUAUGUAUGAAUGUAUUUGUACAAUGAAAUUAUUACAAAUAAUAUUAAAAUGAUGUAUAUCUGCUGGUA